AUGGCCGGGGUCCUAGAUGCUCUGGCCUCCUACAUCCAAAACAUGCUGACCGAGAUGGUGAAAGAUGAGGUGCAUAUGUUGCUCAGGGUGUCGGGUGAGAUUGAUAACAUGGGCACCAAGCUUAGGGACCUCAAGAACUUCCUUGCUGACACUGAUAGAAGGAAUACCACUGAUCAGACUGUCCAAGAGUGGGUGAGGGAGCUAAGGGGUGCCUUUUAUGAUGCCACCAACAUCCUUGACCUAUGCCAGCUCAAGGCCAUGGAGCAAGGCCCAAGGCAUGGCACAAGGUGCUUUAACCCUUUCCGAUCCAUCCUCAACCUGUGCCAACCCAAUGACAUGGAGCAAGGCCCGAGGUGUGACACAGAAUGCUUUAACCCGUUGCUCUUCUGCAUAUGGAAUCCCCUACAUGCCCACGACAUUGGAAGCUGCAUCAAGAACCUUAACAAGAAGCUAGAUGACAUCAAGGCACGUGGUGCAUCAUUCAACUUCAUGAACCUUGGUACUUAUGAGGACCAUGGAAGAAACAUGAUAUCAUAUCCUUCUGGUACCCGUGAGACGUCAGGGUGGCUUGACAAAUCAGGUUUGGUUGGUGAGAAGAUCGAAGAGGACACAACAAAUCUAGUAGAGAUGCUAACAAAGAAGUAUCCAACUGACGACGACAAAUCCAACAAAAUAAUCAUUUUCUCCAUUGUGGGAAUUGGUGGGAUUGGUAAAACCACCCUUGCUCAAAAGAUCUUCAACAGUGAAGUCAUAAAACAUGAGUUCACGAUGAAAAUACGGUUGAGUGUCAACCAAGACUUCAAUCCAACUGAAAUGCUAAGGAGAGUUAUUAUCGAAGCUGGUGGAAACCACCAUGCUUGUGGAAUUUCAAAGGUGGCACUGGAACAGACUCUAAUAGAAGCUUUGAAGGGACACAAAACCUUAUUAAUAAUGGAUGAUGUCUGGGACUACAAUAUAUGGGAAGGUGUGCUUAGAACUCCCUUUGUCAAUGCCAUGCUAGCUCAAGGUAGCCGUGUGCUGGUUACCACAAGGCAUGACAUAGUGGCACGUCAGAUGAAGGCUGAGGAGCCCUAUCAUCGUAUUGACAAACUUGGGCUUGAAGAUGCAUGGUUGCUGCUCAAGAAGCAGGUUGUUACAGACGUAAAUGAUGAGCCCCAGAUUGAAAUACUAAAGGAUAUUGGAACGAGACUUGUUGAAAAAUGUGAUGGUUUACCUCUUGGGGUAAAAGUAAUGGGAGUCUUGUUUGAAGCCUUGCUUUUGCACUAUUCCCUCCUUCCGAGGGGCACAUUGUUUUUUGUUCAUGACAUUGUUGGCAUGUGGAUUAGUGAAGGAUUUGUUCAUGGAACCUUAUGUGACCUAGAAGAAAUAGGAAGGGAAUACUAUGAUCAGUUAAUACAGCAGAACCUUAUUGAGCCAGAUAAGACAUAUCUUGAUCAAGUAGUUUGCAACAUGUAUGAUGUUGUUCGGUCAUUUGCUCAUAGCGUGUUCAGAGAUGAAGCACUCAUAGCUCACAAUAGUACAAUUGGUAUUGACAAACUUAAAUCACAAAAGUUUUUUCGAUUAUCUCUGGAAAGCAAACGAUCAGAAGAACAUGAUUUGGAGUGGUGUUCUCUCCAAACACAAACAUCACUGAGAACACUAAUUUUAGUUGGUAAUAUAAAGAUUAAGCCAGGUGAUUCAUUUGUUUCUCUUUCAAGUCUUCGAACACUACAUUUGGACAGUGUAAAUAUUGAUGCAAUAGCAGAAUAUUUGUAUCAGCUGAAACAUUUGAGGUAUUUGUCAAUAGAAAACUGUAAAACAUCCAAGUUACCAGAAGACAUAGGCAAGUUGAAAUUCCUGCAGUGCAUUAGCCUUUCUGGUUGUCCGGGUUUGGCCAAGCUUCCUAGUAGUAUUGGAGUACUACAAGACUUGAGGUUUCUCAGACUUGACUGGACAAAUGUAAGUGUUAUACCAAGGGAAUUUAGUGGCCUAACUUCUUUGAGGAAAUUAUAUGGAUUUCCAGCCCACAUGGACUGUGGUCACUGUAGUUUGGAGGAACUGGGGCCUCUCUGCCAGCUAACAGAUCUUGAUAUCAGUUUCUUGGAGAAUGUAGCUUCUUUCUCAUCUGCUAUACAGGCCAAACUUGGUGGAAAGAAGCGCCUAAGGUAUCUCUCACUGGGUUGCACCAGUAGACUUGGAGAUGAUGGCCUGUUGGUAAAAGAGGAAGAAGGGAUCUCUGAGAAAGCCAAGAGACAAAUCGAGGAGGUUUUUGAUGAGCUCUGCCCUCCGCUUGGCUUAGAAAACCUUAACAUCAAAGGGUAUUUUGGUGAGCGGCUCCCAGGUUGGAUGAUGCUGACAGCAGUUACGCCCCUUGGGAGCUUGAGGAUUCUAACGAUGGAUGACUUGGCCUGCUGCACAGAGCUUCCUAGUGGCUUGAGCCAGCUCCCCUGCUUGGAGCUUCUGCAGAUUGUUCGUGCCCCAGCAAUCAAGCGUGUUGGGCUUGAAUUCCUACAACCAAGCAAUCAUGUAGGGGUUGGGUUUCCCAGAUUGCAUGUGUUGACUUUUGAUGGAUUUGUCGAAUGGGAGGAAUGGGAGUGGGAGGAACAAGUCAAAGCGAUGCCUAUGUUGGAGAGGCUUAAACUCAGUUUGUGCAAAUUGAGCCACAUGCCUCCUGGCCUUGCCUUCCACGCAAAGGCUUCGAAGGAAUUAUACAUAUAUGAUGUCAAGAACCUAAGGUAUUUGGAGAACUUCACUUCUGUCGUCCACCUCGACGUGUUUAGGAACACUGACCUGGAGAGGAUCAGUAAUCUACCGAAACUGCAGAAGCUCGUCAUCGUCAUGUGCCCAGAGAUGAAGGCAUUGGGGGGCAUGCCUGCACUACAGAGGCUCAAUUUGGAGGAUUAUGCCAUGGAAACAGUCCCAAGGUAUCUGCAGGAUGUAAACCCAAGGCAUUUGCUGCUAGAUUGUUCCUUGUCGCUGCUCACAUCCAUAGCAGCAGGGAAAUCAGGUCCUGAGUGGCACAAGUUCAGCCACAUCCAGCAAGUCAAGGCAUAUGCCACAGAUGAAGGGAUUUCAAGGAAAAGAUAUGUGACCUACACAAGAGAUCCUUUCCGCUUUGAGACAAAUAUCAGUCGCUCUGCAAUUGCUCAAGGUCGCAACCGCCGCAAGUGGCUUGCUUACUUCCAAACAUGUCCCGUUGAGGAUGAGCGGCCGGUAGGACGACACACGUCUGUAGAAAAACGUGUGCCCCUCUGCGUACGCUUCAGGUGCAACGCCUAUCUUCACUUGAAUCGCUGGUUUGAUGAAGCGUGCCUGCACUGCCGUGAAGCCGACGGCAUUGCUUCCCCAUCAGAUCAGUGGACCGAAGCAGCAGUGUAUUCUGGUCAUUUCUUGAUCAGUGCAUGUACACGGAUUAUUCUGACCAGAGGCAUUGUUCGGUGA